CAUGAAAAUAAAAAAUGAAUAAAAACACAUUUGAAACAAGUGUGUAAGAUGUGAUAGAAAUGAAUAAAUAAAUCAAUCUUGGCCUCCAUGUUGUCCCUGCAGAGCCGAGCUUUCAUUUUGUUCCGUUCUCAGAUCCUUCCAGGAUAAAGUCCUGAAACUUUUCCUGAAAUUCUUUGCUUAGCAGAAGGAGAACUUCAUGAUGGAUUACUUGGAUAUUAAGCAGUAGUAGCGCUUCUAAAACUGCAGGUACAAAGGAAAUCCUGUAGAGGGCGCCAUAUUUAUGCCUAAAGACGGGAAUUUCACGAGGAACUGUUGAAAAAGCAGGAACUAGUUCAGUGAGCGUCACAGAGAAAGAAACUCUCCAUGAAUAAACACCGAGGUUCAUCUUCAUCUCCUGGUCAGGUAAGACUAAACCCUGAGAACAGAGGGAGAGCCGAAAUACCGAAACACAGACUGCUGCAGAUGGAAAAAAAACAACUAAAUCAAAGUGAAAUUUGAGUCGGAGACCAAAUGGCGUCCAGGUUGGAGGAGGAUCUCUGCUGUCCGGUCUGCUGCGACGUCUAUAAGGGUCCGGUUAUCCUGCCGUGCAGCCACAGCUUCUGUAAGGACUGUCUGCAGACCUGCUGGAGAGUCAGAGCUGGACGCUCGUGUCCGGUUUGUAGGAAAAGAUCCGCAACAGACGCUCCUCCCUGUAAUCUGGCUCUGAAGAACCUCUGUGAAUCUUUCCUACAGCAGAGAGAGCAGAAAGUUUCAGAGGGUCUCUGCAGUCUGCACUCUGAGAAACUCAAACUCUUCUGUCUGGACCAUCAGCAGCCAGUUUGUCUCGUCUGCAGAGAUUCAGAAAAACACUCCAACCACAGAUUCAGACCCAUCGAUGAAGCUGCUCAGGAUCACAGAGAAAAUCUGAAAACAUUUCUGGAGCCUUUAAAGGAGAAACUGGAGCUGAAGAAGGAAGUUAAAGAGAAGUUUGAUCAGACAGCAGAACACAUGAAGGUCCAGGCCCGACACACAGAGAGGCAGAUUGUUGAGCAGUUUAAGAAGCUUCGUCAGUUUCUAGCAGAGGAAGAGGAGGCCAGGCUGGCUGCACUGAGGGAGGAAGAGGAGCAGAAGAGAGGGAUGAUGAAGGAGAAGAUGGAGGCUCUGAGCAGAGAGAUAGCAGCUCUUUCAGACACAGUCAGAGCCACAGAGGAGGAGCUGAGAGCUGAAGACGUCUCAUUCCUGCACAACUACAAGGCUGCAGUGGAAAGAGUCCAGCGCUGCCCCCUGCUGGAGGAUCCACAGCUGCCCUCAGGAGCUCUGAUAGACCAGGCCAAACAUCUGGGCAACCUGGCCUUCAACAUCUGGAGCAACAUGAAGGACAUGGUGACCUACACUCCUCUGGUUCUGGACCCAAACACGGCUGGGUCAAGACUCUUCCUGUCUGACGAUCUGACCAGUGGGACGUUUGGAGAGAAACAGCAGCUUCCUGAUAAUCCAGAGAGGUUUGGAGCAGAGUGGUCCGUCCUCGGCUCCGAGGGCUUUAACUCAGGGAGCCACAGCUGGGAUGUUGAUGUUGGAGACAACAAAGUGUGGGUGCUCGGCGUGUUGGCAGAGUCUGUCCACAGGAAGCAGGACGUAAAGUCUGGAUUAUCAGUUAUCUGGUUCUAUGAAGGGACUUACUCAGCCGUCUGCCCGUCGGCUCCUUCUGCUGAUCUCUGCAUCCAGAAGAAGAUCCGGAGGAUCCGAGUGGAUCUGGACUGGGACGGAGGGAAUCUGUCCUUCUCUGAUCUGGACACUAACACACACAUACACACCUUCACACACACCUUCACUGACCGGAUGUUCCCUUACUUCAGAACGGUGAAAACAACCAGGAUCCUCCCGAUGGAGAUCUCAGUGAUCAAACAGCAGCUCUGACGUCACGACAUGGAGCUGCUGAUCAGAAUGAUCCUUAUCGAUCAGAAUGAUCCUUAUCGAUCAGAAUGAUCCUUAUCGAUCAGAAUGAUCCUUAUCGAUCAGAUUGAAACUUUGAUCAUCGAUUUGUUUUCUGCUUCAGAUCCAGAUGCUACAAACUAAAUGUGACAGGAAGUGAAGCUUUACUUCCUGUGUGGCUCUGAUCAGAUCUUCAAUCCAUUGUCUCUGAGUUGCAUCCAAAACAUCGAUACCAAGUUGGUAUCAGGAUCGGAUCAAUAUCCGAUUCAGAUUGGAUAUUGAUCCGAUUAGUUAAUGGAUCAUUAGUUAUCUAAUGAUUUGAUUUAGUUAACUUUAUCAACUAAAGCUUAGUUAAUACUUUAGUUCCUGAUUUUACUUUAAUUUAACAACUCUACCUCAAAAAUGAUUUUUUGUUAAUGUUUAUUUAGGAGAAAAGGCACAUAUUUUAGUUUCUCUACUGUUUGUUGAUCCUUUUUAAUGUUUUAUUGUGAUAUUUAAUAGUUAAUUGACAGGAAAGUUUGUGAUGAGAGAAGAGGAAGACAUGCGACGGAGAUCAGCAGGCCGGGAAUCAAACCUGUGACGGCCACGUCCAGGACUGAUCAACCGCUGCGCCACCACGACACAUCCAGUUAUGUAUCAUUUUAAUAUGUUAUUAAAGUAUUUUGUAAACUUA